GCGACGUUUUUGUCCACCUGCUUGAUAUUAUUAUUAGGGACAUAAGCAUUCUUCGAAAGCGGCAAGGUUCACUUUCCCCAAACAUACAGGUGCCAUCCUGUUCCCAUCGAUCGCUGCGGCCCAUUAUUCGACGCAGGUGGCGGGUUUAGUCUCGCUCUUGGGACCGGGGGGGUUUUAAUAUUCGAGACCCCCUAUCAUAUCAACUAACAUCUUCGGAGCUAGUCGUGGGAAAAGGACAGAACCCGGUCGCGACGCGCAACAAUGUCUUCUCAGCCCGAUCCCCGUCAAGAAGGCGAGGGCGGUGGUGCUUCGGGUCGGGGCAAGAUCCUGCCCAUCGUGCGCUGGGGCACGCCGAUCUUGCACCGCGAACUGCGGCCCGUGACGGCCUUCGACACCAAGGAGCUCGACGCCCUCGUCGCCGACAUGUUCGCGACCAUGUACGCCGCCGGCGGGGUGGGGCUGGCCGCGAACCAGAUCGGCGUGGACUUGCGGGUGUUUGUGUACGACAUGGACGACGCGCGGGGGACGCGGCGCUGGGGCGCCGUGUGCAAUCCCAUCAUCGAGCCUUCGUCCCAGAAGGCGUUUGGGGACAGCGACGACGACGGGGGGAGCCACGAGGCACCAGGCGGGACGGGUUCUGCGGGUUUUAAUACACCGGCGCACUCGAGCCACCAACACCACCAUCAUCAUCAUCAACCACACGCGCUGCAGCGCACGCUGUCCAUGACGGAGGGCUGCCUCUCGUACCCCGGCAUCUCCGCGUCGGUGUCGCGCCUCGGCGCCAUCACCAUCAACGGGGUCGAUCAGCGCGGCGAGGCCCUCACGAUCCACGCCACGGGCUUCUUCAGCCAUGUUCUACAGCACGAGGUCGACCACCUGAACGGCAUUGUCUACGGCGACCGCGUCUCCCUGGGCCGGAGGGAGGAGAUGGACCGGAAGUACAAGGACUUGGAGGCGAAGAAGGCAUACCCGGAUGACUGGCCUGCGACGCAAACGGACCAUAAAUGGGGGGAUUGAAUCCCUCCCACAAUGCUUACAGGGAAACUCGAUGGCCUAUUUUGGUUUCCGAGGUUGUCUGGGGGCAUGCUCCAUCGAUUGCUUUAAGCUGCCCCCCCUGCGUUGGCGUUGGCAGUACAAACAUCGAACACGCUAUCAGAUCGGGGCAUCACAAGCGAGGCUGGGGUUGAAAGGAGGCGAGGCUGUAGCCCAAGCUGCGUCGGAAGUGAUUUACAUGUUUGGAACAACUAUGGUUCAAAAACUAAGCCAUACGGCAUAUUGGCCAGAGUCUGACAUGGUGUCUUCCUCGAGUGUGAAGUGAAAGGGGUACGUUGGUAGAGAGAGAGGCGGCCUUCGUUCCCAACAGAGGGCUACUCUUCAGCGGUGGUCGUCUCCCUAUCUUAUAGUUGAAUGGCACAAUUGACAUUACUUGGAAC